UUGUCUUGUUGGUGAUCCUAUUUUUUGGCUGCAUGACAUUGUGGUUUUCUGAUUGAGACGAUUUGAAUUUGACCUCAGAUGAGAAAGAAUGAAGAGUGUUUUGAGGGAGCAGGUUAGAAUUGGGAUUAUAUCAAACAAACAAAAAAACAGUAUGUAUACUGACAUCAAACCUCACUGUAAUCAGAUUUGGGGAUUUGGUUCCCCAUGGAAUUGAAAACGAAUCCCGCUUUAACCCCUCCUCCUUUACCCGUCCUCCCCCCCUUUUUUCCAUCUGCCCUUCCUCCUGUCCUCGUCUUUCAGGCGGGCUGGAGACUGCCCCUAAGUGUGGGGGUGAUGGUGCUAUUCAGGGUCAGAUAGCACUGUGGACAUGGUAAUGUUCUGUUAGCGCUAAACCCCCAAUGAAAAUUGCAGGAGGUUCAGCUUUUCUACUCAGCUUUGCCUAAAGUAUGUGCGAGAUGUAACUUCAGGUGCACUUCUCAAAGUGUUUAUGCUACCUAAAAACAAGAAACACUGGCUUGAUUGCAGCACGAGACACAAGACAUCAGAUUUUCCCCUCAUGCUGAAGCAGUGCUGUCCAGAGCAGGAGUCACUCACUAACAGCCUGGGAGGGAGUUUCCACGUGUGCGCGUGUGGUUUUGUAUAACCAUAAAACAGUUGAACUGAAACAGAAGGACAGAAUGGUGACUAUGCAGACAACAAGGCCAGAACAGGCCUAACUGCCUUGAUCCGGGAUGGGAAACUCUGAGAGCCAGUAUAGCAUCCAGGGUUCUAGAAGCAAUAGUUUUAUCAUUCCUGGUAGACAGAAACCCUAUUCUUUCAAGGGCCACUCUGACAAAGAAGACAUUUUAUCACCUCUAGGCUUUUGGAAUGCUGGUUCAGGAUUCUCUGGAUUGAAGCCCACAAACAUAGCUCGUAGCUCCUCCCCAUCAAAGAGCAACCGCACCUUUAUGUCCCGCCAAUAUGACUACAUCACCCAAAAACUAAAGAGUGGUGCCAAUAGUCAGUGGAAUGGGGUUUCUGAGGACUUGUUGCCUGGUGGCUGCUUGACAUUGCCUUCUGAAAAUGGCUGCUUGUAUGGUAGUCACAAGGAGAAGAGGAAACUUAAUUAUGCUAUUAACACAAUGAAGACACUAGAGAAAAGUCCCAGGCUUGCGGAAAUUGAGGAUCAGAGCAGCCCCAGGGUCGUUAUAAAGAAAGAUGGUAGUGUACGAGUAGAGUUCAACAACAGUUCCAAUGGCGCCCUUAUUUUGGAUGAUUGCACUGGACCAGUUCAGCUCCUUAAGUUUUCUCCCACCUUAGAGUCCAAUUCUUGCUUAUCUGGUGUAACACCAUCAUUGGAAGCCCAUUUUGGAGCUCCACGGGCAGUUGCCAGCUUCAAGAGCAGUAAAGGUAGCUCUCUGAGCUCAGAUGGCUCCUUGUACGACUUGCCCUGGGGGACCAGUGUCGAGGUUAACGAUUCAGACAAUGGAUCCCCUAACAGCCGAAGACAAAGUAUUUCAACAAAAGUGGGUUUUCUUGCUGAUCAGUUGCCUGCCAUUGCUACAGCUGACCUCUACAGGGAUCCCAGAAUUGCUGCCACCUUCCCCACGGUUAAGGAUUUGCAGUUUUCAAAUGACAGCCAUUUAAAGCAUAGGUCCUCCUUUGUGUCCGUGAUGGAGGAACUCGGGUCAGAGGGGGGCCCAGAGGAAAAGCAAUAUUCUUCCUUCACCUUACCUAGCCGGAAACCAAAGCCUUUUCUAGAUAAUAAUGGAAAGAAAGUGUCCAUCAGGAACAGAUUUAGGCGUAUUAGUGACUGGACUGGAAGUUUGACCAGGAAAAAAAGGAAGUUUAAGGAGCCAAGAUAUAAUGAGCCCAUCGAUUGCUUUGAUAGUGGUGUGGAUGGCCUCACUGCCGACACCAGUUCUCCUUCUCAGGUCUCCAGCUUUCUGACGGUUCCAAACGGCAUGCCUCAAGCCCGCUCUCACUCUCUGUCACUGUAUACCCGCAGCGGCUCUGCCGGUGCCCUUCAUUUGGGUACGGAUGUUUUACGGCAGAACAUCUACAAGAACUUCAUGAGGGAGCUGAAGACUGGGCGGCCUCCAGCAGAAGGUGGACGAGAAGAUUGGCGCGAGAGCUCCUCAGAAGAAACCGAGAGCAGUAGUCAAGAAGUAUUUGGGUGUCUAGAGCAGCUGGACUUGCUGUUUGAGAAAGAAAAGGGUGUAGUUAGGCGGGCCGGAUGGCUCUCCUUCAAGCCAUUGCUUGCUGUACACAAGGACCGCAAAUUAGAGUUGGUGGGCCGUCGAAAAUGGAAACGAUUCUGGGUCACUCUAAAGGGCUGCACAAUGCUGUUCUAUGAGACCUAUGGAAAAGCCUCUUCAGAACCAGAGUCUCCAUGCUAUGCUUUGUUAGCAGAGGAUGGUGUAGUCCAGGCAGUUCCUGAGCAUCCCAAGAAAGAGAACGUGUUCUGCCUCAGUAACACCUAUGGUGAUGUCUACCUUUUUCAGGCCUCCAACCAGACUGACUUAGAGAACUGGGUAACUGCCAUUCAUUCGGCUAGCGCAUCUUUAUUUGCAAAACGCUACGGGAAAGAGGACACACUGCGUUUGUUACGUGGACAGAUUCAUGGUCUUCUCCAGAAGAUCGACAUGGACAGCAAGAUGAGGAAAAUGGCAGAGCUGCAGUUGUCCAUCGUUGGUGACCCCAAAAAUAGAAAGGCUAUUGAAAACCAGAUCCAACAGUGGGAACAGAAUCUUGAGCGCUUCAACAUGGACCUUUUCCGCAUGCGCUGCUACCUGGCCAGUCUGCAAGGUGGCGAGUUACCCAACCCCAAGAGCCUGCUAGCCACGGCCAGCCGCCCGACCAAAGCUGCACUAGCCCGUCUGGGAAUCUUCUCCGUGUCCUCCUUCCAUGCACUGAUCUGCUCCAGAGAUGAAGCCACAAUGCGAAAGCGUUCUCUGUCUCUGUCCCACCGAGGUCGCAGUAAGAAAGGGCUCUUUUCCUCCCUCAAGGGCCUGGAUACUCUUACCAAGCGAGGUCAUGAAAAAAAGCCUUCAGUCUCACAGGACGGUGAAGGGCAUCUAAAUACUAUUCCUCCUUGUAGUUUUGAGAGUUUAGGUAGUAUGGCUAAUGUUUACUCAAUCCUGCCACCUGAAGGCAGCCAAUGGGAUUGCAGCCAAGAAAACACAACGUGCAUCUAUAUGCCGAAUUACCAGACUGUCACUGUCCUUCUGAAACCUCAUCACACCGUCACUGAUGUCCUGGCUGAGACCUGCAGGCUCAUGGGCCUGGACCCUAGCCUACACUUCUUAAGGCUGAGAAGAUGUGUAGGAGACAGGAUGGAGGUAUCAACCCCAUCAGCUGAUGAGCUCCUGCAGGACUUGUCAUAUGACGAUUUGGAGGUCAGCCAGCUGAAUGUCUACACUCUGCACAUGUCUAGACCUAGUCUAACUGGAGACUUUGGCUUUGCUGUUACAGGCUAUGUAGACAACCUGAAAAACAGCCGUAUCGCUGUCACAGAAGUUCUCCCUGAGGGGCUUGCUUUCAGCAAAGGUCUGAGGCCCGGUGAUGAGAUCAUGGUUAUAAAUGGUUGUGAAGUGUCUUCUCUGGACCUGGCUCUGAUACAGACUUUAUUCAAUGAUCAGAGUCUGCAACUGACUGUGAAACGUCAUCCACCCUCCAUUCAGCACAAUAGAGAUACUACUGCAAACACACAGUCUCUGCACAGGGUUAACCUCCAAAACCACCAAAGAGCCAAGUCCUCAACAGAUGUGUCCUGUGUGGCAGAAAACUUAGGCCUUGCUGUAGAUGAUGGUUUUCAGAAUCCAUACCACAAACAUCGAACAGUUCAGCACAGCAAGAGUGUGGAUACAGUGUGUUCGCUGUACCACUCCUUCCAGGAAGGCUCUGGAGGUCUGAUGGAGGGCCAGGAGCAAACGGGGCCAGAGGCUCCCACGCUCAGGCCCUGUCCACGUCAUAUGUCUGCCACAGAAAGACUACGCAAGGUCAUCCAGGAAUUAGUGGACACGGAGAAAUCCUAUGUAAAGGACCUUAACUGCCUGUUUGAAAUUUACCUGAAGCCUUUGCAAAAGGAGACCUUUCUCACCCAAGACGAGAUGGAAAGUCUAUUUGGCAGCCUUCCAGAGAUGCUGGAGUUCCAGAAAGUUUUCCUGCAGACCCUGGAGGAGAAGAUUAGUUCUUUCCCCAACUUUAACAUGCUGGAGACCCCUGUACAAUUCAAGAAGCUGCUCUUCUCAUUGGGUGGUUCGUUUUUGUAUUACGCAGAGCACUUCAAACUUUACAGUGGCUUUUGUGCCAACCACAUUAAAGUGCAGAAGGUUCUGAAACGAGCUAAAACAGAUCGGUCGUUUAAGGAGUUCCUCGAUGCAAGGAAUCCAACCAAGCAACACUCAACCACACUAGAGUCCUACCUAAUCAAACCGGUGCAAAGAGUACUGAAAUACCCCCUGCUGCUCCGCGAGCUGGUGUCUCUAACGGACACGGACAGUGAGGAACACUACCACCUCACAGAGGCACUGAAAGAAAUGGAAAAAGUCGCAAGCCACAUAAAUGAAAUGCAGAAGAUCUAUGAAGACUAUGGUGCAGUAUUUGACCAGCUGGUAGCAGAGCAAAGUGGCACUAAGAAAGAGGUCACAGAGAUUUCUAUGGGACAGUUUCUCAUACAUUCCUCAGUGAUCUGGCUCAACCCGUUCCCAUCGCUGGGCCGUAUGAAAAAGGAUCCUGAGUUGAAUGUUUUUGUUUUUAAGAGAGCUGUGAUACUGUUGUACAGGGAGAACAACAAAGUGAGAAAGAAGAUGCCGACUUCAAAAUCAGCCCACGGAGAGCAGGAUCCAUUCAAGUUUCGCUGGCUCAUUCCCCUGUCAGCACUACAGAUUAGACUGGGCAAUACAGCGGACACAGACUGCAUCUGGGAGCUGAUCCACACCAAAUCACAGACAGAGGGCAGGCCCGAGACGGUGUUCCAGUUGUGUAGCAGCACCCCAGAAUGCAAAGUGAAUACAAUCAAGGUGAUUCGCUCCAUCCUGCGGGAGAACUUGCGUCGAAACAUGCAAAGAGUUGAGCAACAGCCUGAGAGAACCUGUAAAAAGCGACUAACUCCCCUUCAGAAAACUCUGCCAACUUCUGCUAAGCUAGGUUCUUCUCGACCCUUUUUGCUCUCCAAGCAGCCUUCAAAUGACAGAUCCAACCCUAACAAUGAUCCUCUGAGGCUGUGUCUACCAGAUUCAGACUCAGCCAGUAUAAGCAGUGGAACCACCAGCAGUGCCAGCGCUCACCUGGAUCAGCAGUCUCUCCCGCAGCAGAGCGGCCUCAGAGAAUCCAACAUCAUCAGUGACGAGGACAAUGAGACCAACGACCAGCAGUGGCAAGACUGUCCCAGUGCAAUCGAGGCCCAGUUCUGCAGGCUUCGGCUGACUGAGGAAGCCUCCCAGGCACCUGCUCCACAUGUGCUUCCAGAGAGCGGAGAAGUGGACACUCCAGAAAGGCGAGCUCACUUCAACGCAGUAAAACGCAAGUCUGGCAGAGGCACGAGUAGCUUCAGACGCAGCCGCCCGGCCCUACUGAACAUGCGUCGACAUAGCCACUCUUUGGACAGCCAGACUGAGGCAAUGGCAAAUAGCGUGGACCUUAACUCACUACUGGAGAAGGAGUUCAGCGUGCAGAGCCUGACCUCUGUUGUCAAUGAGGAUUUCUUCUAUGACAACACCGCAGAGGCAAAACACGUGCCCACUUCAUAGUGUCUGUCACCUGGCCACCACAGAACAAAGCUUAGCAUGGUUUCAGAGCCUAUAUGCUUGACCUGGUGUUGAGCCACAUUAUCCCACACAGCCUUUCUAAAGUUAUUAGCCAAUUCAGGCGAGACAAUUCAUUUGCACCAUUUGUGGAACCACAGUUUGACAGACCUUCUUUCAAAAUGGUGUUGUGUUUCAUAAUUCUCCAUGAUCCACAACACUAAUUCACUGAACUAGCCAUAUUGCAACUGUUUUGCACCAGAGAACCAAAUUACCUGCCUUCACUCUUUUUACAUGGCAUCCUGAUGCAAGACUAAGAUCCGUCUCUCUCUCUCCCACACACACACACACAGCAGGAGCUAUCCUGCUACAAGAACCGAAUUCUGUCAGGUUUUUAAUUUUGCCUUGUGUUUUGGACACUACAUAUGCUUCUUGCUUUAAAUCUAAUCAUUGCUUCUAUUUUUGUCAUGGGUUUGCUUUGUAUAAAAUAUUUUAUUUAUUAGCAAGUUUCUUUUUAUAUUCCUUUUGGUUACACUUUACUUGAAGCGGUGUGCAUAAGACUGACAUGACACCUUCAUAAUCAUGAAAAUGAUGUUUUUAUGCAUGUUUAUGAUAACUGUCAUUAAGUUUCAUUCACUCAGUUAUGUCAUUUUUAAUGCAAAAGAUGACAUUGUUUGAGAUGUCUUGGUUAUGGGCUGGGGUAGGGUUAGGUCAAAUAAUGUCAUCUGUGCAUUAAAAAUGACAACUGAGCGAAUGACACUUAAUGACUGUUGUAAUAAACAUGCAUACAACCUCCUUCAUAUUCAUGACGUGUCGUGUCAUGCCAGUCUUAUGCACACCCCUUCAAGUAAAGUGUUACCUUUCUUUUUAACAGGAAUCCAGAAUGUUGGGUUAAGACUUUGGCAGGUGAUCUCAAUGGACAAACUACUCAUACUUUUGUAACAAAAACAUGGUCAGUUGUAAACAAUCAAUCAGGACUUUAAAUGUGCUAUGCUGGAAAUGUAACUGAAAUAAAGCCUGCAGUUGUCCUUUUUUAGAAUGUUUAAAUCUGUAAAUAGUAUUUUUUUUUUCAUGGAUUACUGUAACUUAAUGUUAAGAGUUUAAUACUGUUGACACUUCACAUCCAAAAACUGUAAUAAAAAGGUGUCUGAUUACAA